AUGUCUUCUACAUUUGCUGAGGAUAACAAUUUCAUACCUGAAUCGGUCGCUUCUAAUAGUAGUACCAAUGAUACCACUGUUGCUGCCGCUGCCACGACCACUACUUCUAAUUCUAAUUCUAAUUCUAAUUCUAAUUCCACAAAUAACUCUAAUAACAUUGUCGCUGCUGCCACUGCCGCUGCUGCGUCUCAAAACAAUACACCUACUGUUGUUGAUCCCUUCAAUUCAGCUGAUUCAUUGAACAGAUUCAAUAAUAUUAUCAAUAGUUUACCAUUGAAAACAAGACUAACUAUAUCGUCUCUAUGUCUUUUGGAUAACGUCACUACUCAAUUAUUAAGGUUGUUAAUCUUUAACUCUAAUGCUCCACAUCUAUUGGCACUUUUUACUGAUCAAUCCAAUUAUUUAGCUUCUGGUGAGACUGAGACUUUCCAAAUCUUACUACAAUUAUUCAAACAAAUUAAAACCAUUUAUAACCCUAAAUCCCCACUUUUAAAUGUUCACGAUGUCGCCCCUGGAUUGUGGUUCCCUAAUUCUCCUCCUCCAAUGUUAUUAAGAGGACAUGAAGCAUUUAUUAUCACCGUAAUUAGAAAGACUAAUUUAUUGACUUUCAUUUUAACCGCUUUACAUUGUUUUAAUUAUGGGUUCGAUUUACUGCAAUCAACAUUUUUGGAUAUUUUUUGUCCAAACACUUUAUUUACGGGUACAACGACAAACGAUCAAAAUGGUAAAUUUUUGAAAUCUCAAGCAAUUCUUUAUCUUGAUUUAAAGACCCAGGCUUUAGUUGCUGGGUUGAAGGAAUCUGAAGAUGAAUCUGAUUCAAUCCCAAGAAUUGUUUUGGAGAAAUUAUUAGAUGAAAUCUUCCCACAAGAUUUAGCUGACCAAUUAAUCCAAAGACGUUGCGGUGGUAAUUCUACUGCUACUAACACUAUAAUGACACCAUCCGAACAAGAUUUCAUUGAAAGAUGUACCCGUAGACGCGAAAACUUGUUACAAUUCAGUAAUUUGGACGAACUUAUUUCAAGCUACGAUUGGAAUCAUUUUAUUAAAGAAUUAUUAGAUUAUUGUAACAAAAAUAUGGGUCUUAUCAUCUGGGGUAAAAAGGGACGCGGUAAAUCACCACUUUAUUGCUAUGAUGUUAAAGAAUUCGAUGCUCAGAUUAUCGUAGCAUCUGGUGCUGUGCCUCCAACUGGUAAUCCAGAUUUAUCCACAAUCGACUCAACCGGUAGAAACAAUGCUAAUAUUGUCAAUGAAAAUGGUGAAAUUAGCUCAAUAAUGGAUUCCGAUGUAAAUAGAUCUAAUCUAUCAAGUUCGCGUAGAGGUCAUCAAAUUAGCAAUGAAAGAACGUCCAGUCAAGAACCAGCAAUUGAUGGUAUUGAAGGAACAACUUUUAACUCUGCUGCUGUUCCAACAGGCAGCUCAGGUGUAUUGAUGGAUUCAACAAUUGCAGCCAAUUCUGCAAUGGCCCAAUACAUUGUUAAUGCUGCUGUAGCUUCGUCUGGUACUCGUAUUAAGAAGAUAAAAUCGAAGAGAACAUGGUCUAAAGAAGAAGAAGAUGCUUUAAUAGAAGGUCUAAAGGAAGUUGGUCCAUCUUGGUCUAAGAUUUUAGACAUGUAUGGUCCAGGUGGUAAGAUUUCUGAAGAUUUAAAAAAUAGAACUCAAGUUCAAUUAAAGGAUAAAGCUAGAAACUGGAAAUUACAUUAUUUGAAGACUGGUAAACCAUUGCCAUUCUAUUUGGUAAAGGUCACUGGUACUUUAGAUAAAUCGGUCAAAUCAAAGAAAAGAAAUGCAACUGCUAAUUCUUCUGUUUCCGAUGCUAAUAAUAAUAUGGAAUUGUCCUCAACUCAACAGAAUACUAACCUUAAUAACGAAGCUAGCCAAUCUCAAGAACCAUCAGGUGCUUUGUUUGAAAAUAAUUCAACCACAAAUGAUGCAUUUGAUCCAUCUCUUGAAACUGCUAUGUGA